AUGAGGGCCGGUCGCAAUGACCCCAAUCACAAAUUGCUGAGAGACAUGCCAACACAGUACGGAGAGAUGACAACUCUCCAUCUAGGCCAAAAGACUUGGGUUUUUCUCAACAGCAAUCGCGUGGUAUCUGAAAUUAUUGCAAAGAAGAGCAGUAUCACAAACACGAGAUCUCCGAUGCCCAUAUCCAGCGGUAUUGUGAGCCAUGAUCGAAGGUCCCUCAUCUUGCCCCAGGAGACUUGGACCGAGCGACGUCGUGUCAUGCACAGUCUCUUGAGCGGGACAGCACUCAAACAAUACGGUGCCUGGCAGGAAGAGGAGAGCGCACAGAUGAUGGCAGAAUACGUUGUCAAGCCAGAGAUGUGGUAUAAGCACCACUAUCGUUACGCCAACUCCGUCAUCCACCGCAUCGCCCUUGGCGACCGGCUAGUCAAGUCGACCAAGGAGCUCAGUGACCUACAAAACUGUGUCACAUUUUUCGUUGGCAGCAUCGGAUCAAGCUUGGUUGACUGGUUUCCAGAUGUCGUCAAAUUGCCCAAAUUCCUCCACUUUUGGGCACCUCAAUGGGAGAAACUGGGCCAAUGGAACUACAACGUCUAUAAUUCAUGGUACGAGCCUGCCCGCAAGCAGGUCGAGGCUGGUACCGCGCCUCCAUCCUUCCUGCGUGAUACGCUGCUGCAUCCCGACACCAAAUACAAGGGCGACGACGAGGACUCCAUGUAUGUCGCAAUGCAGCUGAUAGAAGCUGGCAGCGAUACCACCCGCGAGGCCCUCAAAAUCAUGGUUAUGGCGUCGCUCGAGUACCCGGAGCCCUUUCGCAAGGCCCGGGCUGAGAUCGAUCAAGUUUGUGGCGUUGGUGCUGACGCCAGGCUGCCACGGUUAGAGGACAUGGAGUCCUUGCGAUACAUCUGCGCCAUGGCCAAGGAGAUUCUGCGGUGGCGACCCAUUUUCAUUCUUACUCCGGACCACACGUUGAGCAAUGACCUUGAAUUUGAGGGUUAUUUCUUCCCUGCUGGCGUUGGAUUCGUCAUCAACGAGGUUGCUGUCUGCAAUGAGUGCGAGGAUCCCGACGUAUUCAAACCCGAGCGAUGGAUGGACGGCCAUGAGACUGAUAUCGCCCAUGGUCUGUGGCAAUUCGGUGGUGGUCGGCGAAUCUGCGUCGGCUACCGCUUGGCACAGAGAAGCUUGUUUAUCAACAUUGCGCGCCUAGUGCAAUGCAUUGAUUUUGAGGCAAGUGGGAAAUAUGAUUCGCGCCUGCUCAACCAUGAUGCCAUUCAUGAGCCCUUUCCCGUCAAGCCUCAAAUUCGAAGUGAGGAGUACAAAAAACUGAUCAUCGAGGAGGCUACCAAGCUGGGGGUUCUUGAAGAUGCCAAAGCAGUCAGAGACAAUGAUGACUCGAAACAAAACGAAGAUUUCACAGAUCUUAUUAAAGGAGUAUUUUAG